UCUACACCUAUAAAUUACAAAGAGUAGUUGAUAAAAUUUUAUAGAAAUCCAAAGAGUGCUAUCUAAAAGAGUUCUUAAUAACACUGUUAAAUAGUUUGUUAACAUGAUGGGAGUGGCCAGUUUUGCGGUAGCUCUGAUGGUAACGUCACUGAUAAUCGCUACUUGCGCUGAUGGAAAAGAGUUCUCUCACCACCGGGAAGUUAAAGUACAAAGAUUUUUGAAGCAGCUUAACAAGCCAGCUCUUAAAUCCAUUAAGAGUGAAGACGGCGAUAUAAUUGACUGUGUUCCAAUAACUAGCCAACCCGCUUUUGAUCAUCCUUUGCUUAAAAAUCACACCAUUCAGGUAAAACCAAGUUUUGUCCCAGAAGGGGAAGGUGACUCUACGUACAUGAAGAAGAAGACAAAGGCUACUCAAGUGUGGCACAAAGAUGGAGAGUGCCCAGAAAAAACAAUCCCGAUAAGAAGAACAAAAAAAGAAGAUAUCUUACGAGCAAAAUCCCUUGAAAGAUUCGGGAAAAAGAAUCAUCAAUACAGUCCUGAAGAUACAUCCUCUAGUCCAAAUUAUCACCAUGAGUACGCGUUCAUGGGUGUGAGAAACGGAAAAUUUUACGGGACAAAAGCCUCGAUAAAUAUCUGGAAACCAAAUGUAGCAGAUCCCAGCGAAUUCAGCUUGUCACAGACUUGGCUCGUAUCUGGAGUAGGCACUAGUCGUAACACUAUUGAAGCUGGUUGGCAGGUUUAUCCAGGAAUGUACGGUGAUAAUAAUCCUAGAUUAUUUGUUUAUUGGACCAGCGAUGGAUACCAAAAGACAGGAUGCUACAAUCUCCUGUGCGGCGGUUUUGUUCAGACGAACAACCAGUACUCUGUAGGUGGAUCCUACAAUACCGUGUCAGAAUACGACGGAGCUCAACUAAGUCUCAACCUACUUAUAUGGAAGGACCAAAAAACAGGAAACUGGUGGCUAAAGAUAAAUGACAAUGACAUUAUCGGGUACUGGCCCGGCUCGUUGUUCAAUUCUCUAGGAGAUGGAGCUAUAAAAGUUGAAUGGGGAGGCGAAAUCUUCACGCAAACCAGUAAGACACACACAACCACCGAUAUGGGAAGUGGGCAUUUUGCAGAGGAAGGGUUUAAGAAAGCGAGCAAUGUACGAAAUAUUAUGAUAGUUGAUGGGACAAAUGCUCUGAGAGAACCAUAAGGACUUUACUCCGUUGCUGAUAAUCGUAAUUGUUACAACGUUGUAGCAGGAAAUGGUGGAACUCCCUUUGGUACUCAUUUCUUCUAUGGUGGUCCUGGUCAGAACGCUAUGUGCCCUUGAUCUGAUCUGUGUGUUCAAAGAAGCUUUUGAGAUUUCGAAUCUAUGUUUGAUCCUAUCUUUAAUUAUAGUUAAGUGUCUUUAUCUAUGUGUAAGGUUUCAUAUAUAGUUUAUAAUAAAGAACAUUUAUGUUUGUUCCA